CUAUAAAAGGGGAUCACACUCACCUUUGCAAGUUGCUUCCUUUUUAGAUAGGCAACAAUGAACUGAAAUUCUAUUUUUGUUUCAGAGGAUAUUAAACUAAAAAGAUUUAGUUUGAUUUGAACUACUGCAAAUGGAUAUGGCAAAUAGGGACUAUUGGGGGAACCCUUUGUUUUUAUCAGCUGCAGUUCUUUAAAGGGUCUUGUAGGAGUUUUGUAAAUUUAUUUUGUAUUUAAAAUCAGUAUAAAGGCUGGUCAAAUGUAAUAUAAUUGUGUAAACAAAUUCUGUUAAUAGAAAGAUGUACAGAUUCAUUUUGUACUGUAUCUUUAAUCUUGUGAAAUAAAGAUACCACCUGUGUGGUUACCCUCAGUGUUCACAGUGGUUAUGAUACCAGAGGAUGUCAGUUGUUAGUAGAAUGCACUGAUACAUGCCACUGCUAAAUGCAUCUGUUCCUCUAAGGGUACUUGCACUUCCUUCACUUCUAUUCCUCUUCAAAAAAAUAAAUCUCUUUAUUUAGGAGGGGCAUAGAAAGGGGAAUGGGAAAAUACGCAUUUUAUCUUCAGCUGUGCUAGAAACUUGCCCUCUGUGUGUGUGUAUGUGUGUGACCCUUUCUUCAGUGUAUAAACAUCUGUACCGUGCGUGGCAGACGGAGAACUGCUGCGCGAUGCGAAAGUAAUGGCCAGUAAUGUUAAUUAUUAUUGCAUUGUCAAUACUAAACCAGGAAUAUUACAGUGACUAGAAACAGAUACUGGGGGAGGGACUACUAACUCCAAGCUGACAAGUUUGCUUGCUUUUCAGGCGUUUUUCAGUGCACUCAUCCCUUCAGGCUCCACCUGUUGAGAUUCUGGAUCCUCCCUUGUGAAUGUAUUGAGCUGGUUUGCUUUCCAAUGUGCUUAUUAAUGUGGAAGACAACUUCAGGGAGAGAAGGAAAGUAAGGAGCGUGAGGGAGCAAUGAUAACUGCUGCAGAAGGCAUCAAUAGAUGAACUGUCUUGGGUAUCAGCCCCAGUUACAUAGUUUUCUGGAGUAUUUGGAGGCUUCCCAUGUUGUCUGUUGCUGCCAAAUAGCACUUGUUGCAGGUAGGAAACAACUGCUGGUACUAAAACCAGCUUGAGUCUGACAGAUUGUAGCUCAAGCUUAGUGAGGUCAUCCCCCAACUUCCAAAAGAGCCCGUGGCUUGAGAUGCAAUUGCUGAUGUGCUCAAGUGAGGUGGGGUCAGAAGUGUCGAUACCUUACUGUACUUGUAGCCUGUAGUCAAUAGGGAGUUGUUUUCUGUGGUGGGAAUAGAGUACCAGGUUAUACCUGGUAAAUGAUGGUGGGGCGGGGGGUUAAAGGAAGAGCCACAGAGUAAUGUUCAUUGAAAACGAGUAUAUUUGUUUUGGUUUCCUGGCUUGCCUGGUUUUGUUUGGUUUUUUAUGUGGCUUUAUUCUCCUCAGUCUAAGACUAAAACAUUUCAUUUAAAAUUAAAAUAUUAAUAGAAAGUAUAGUUUGUAAACCUGCAACACUUGUUUAAUUAUAAUGUGUUAUUUGGUGUAAUGGCAAAAUGUUCUUCCUCAUCUCUAACUGAUCAUGAGCUUAAUGGCAUUUCUGAAUCCUGACUUUAAUUCCUGCUUUUAUAAAGAAUUAUUGAGGAAAAAAGUCACUCCAGUUGCAAAAAAAAAAAUCAGAAGACUAAAUGACUUCUUUCAAAGCUAAGCUGAGGGAGGCCAGUGUACCGUCUAUCCAGGCUAGCCUGUGUCGCCUGAAGCAAAGACUGUUCACCUGCAUCCACAUGUCUACAAGAACGUUUCAGCAGAAGAGACCUACGACGACCACCUAGUCCAACUGCCUGACCGCUUCAGGGCUGGCCAAAAGUGUCCUCUGUGUUUCUAAUUCUGAGAAGGCUCAGGAUAAACAUAAGAACCUGUAACAGGCUAUCAGAAAACACACCUGGUGUUGAGUCUUGAUUCCAACCUGACUGAUGAAAUGUCACGCUGUGUGCUUGAGGAACGCAAGAUACGGCAGGCCCCUGCCACUGUUGGAGUCGGCGUUUGUAGCUGCCUUUGCGACUACAGGCUCAUAGCACUGUUGGGAAAAGUUACCCUGUAAUGGCUGAUCCCAAUGCUGUUAUUCAGAAAACGAACGAUGGAAAAAGAAGAGAGAUGUUCAGGACUUGACCAAAACUGGGAAAGAAUUGACAGCCUUGGAGGUUUUUUUUCCUAGUCAGGAUCUCUUCCAAGCCAGUACAUCAGAGCACUUGAAAAGAAAGCACAAAGGAGGUGUUUCCCUCUGCUGGCUCAUCAUCACCGUACCUCUUUCCCAUUCUGCUUCCUCCUUAUAAUCCCGAAGUGAAGAUGAGUAGCCUGCUGCGAAUAUGACGUCUCUGACUGGUGUCAUUGCCUCCCACCAGUCUGAGUGGGUGUCCUUCACUGAUGAGCUGCUCCUCCCUGUUAACCCACGAGGUAGCACUGAGGAGCCUCUGGAAAAAUGUUUUUCUUCCUCAGACACCUCCUCAGAAGAGAACCAUAAUGCGGAUGGAGAAUUUCAAGACCCCUCCCACACAAAGCUGGAAGAUGCAGCUGACCAGCCCAAGGUGGAUUCUGCUGUGCUUGGGAACCACGUGUGUCCCAGAGCUGAUCUGUCAUCAUCCAUCAGCACUUGGGUUCAGUUUGAAGAUGCACCGUGGACCAGUGCUCCAUCGACCCACCCACAAGCAGUGUCUCCAUCCAAAGCACCCAGCUGGACUUCCCCCUCCUCCAACUCUUCGGAGAGGCAAGCCCAUGCCUCGGAGAGCAGCUGGACAACCAACUCGGAAGACACCAGCAGCCCUAGCAUUGCUCCCUCCUACACAGAUCUGCAGUCAAUUAAUACUGAGGACUUGACCAGUGGUGGAACAUCUGCAGCAGAUUCAGCUGACAAUUCCUCGUCUCUCCAGGAAGAUGAAGAGGUAGAUAUGGAGGCUGUCAACUGGCAGCUGAACAGCACCUCCAUGAAUGGGCAUUCAUCUACCCCAACCACGGUUCGCUUUCCCAGCUGGGUGACUUUUGAUGACAAUGAAGUCAGUUUUUCACCGCAGAACCUUUCCCCCUUGAAAACAGAUACCCCACCUGCAGAAACACAGACUCCAGAUGUUAACUUUAACCUCACUACAUCCUUUAAGAAAAGAGAACGUCCUAAAAGCACAUUGGGUGAGCUCUCCAAAAUUCAAAAACUAGAUCUCUCCUCUUUAACCAAGUUGCCUUCUGUUGAAACACCACCAUGGAGUGCUACUAAUCCCUUCCUGGAUGAAUCUCUGCGAGAUGUCCAACCCUCACCCAUCAAUCCAUUCAGCUCAUUCUUUGAGGAGCGAGACAGGCGUUCCAAAAGUUCUUCUGUCUCCAGUGCUCCAGGCAAAAGCCAAAGAGAUUCUCUCAUUAUUCUCCAUCAAGAGCCUGAUACCAUCAGUUUCCAUGAGGCAAACAAAAGUGUAACCCACACAGAUGCUGUAGAGCAGCUCAAGCAACUCCAGAUUGGAGACCCAGAUCGUGUGAGCAGCCCUACCUUGCCUGAUGAUGACCCCAUGAUGCCAUGUGAUCUGGAUGCAGCCUUAUUUAACCUGGCACCAGCUCAGCCAAAGGAUGGAUGGCCAAUGAUGCUCAGGAUCCCAGAGAAGAAGAAUAUUAUGUCAUCCAGGCACUGGGGACCAAUAUAUGUCAAGCUGACCGACAGUGGAUGUAUACAGCUUUUUUAUGAGAAAGGACUGGAGAAGCCUUUCCGGGAAUUCAAACUUGAAAUCAAUCAUGAGAUUUCAGAGCGCAAACUCCAGAACUAUGAUGAGAAUGGAAGGAUACACAGUGUGCGCUUGGACCGCACAACCUACAAGGAGAAGAAGAAGUAUCAGCCUAAGCCAGCCAUUGCUCACACAGCAGAGAGAGAGCAGAUUAUCAAGCUUGGGACUACAGAUUAUGAAGACUUCCUUAGCUUCAUCAGUGCUGUGCAAGAUACACUGAUGAACUUGCCAGCCUCAUCAACAGAUCUGAGCACAGUGGGACUAAACUAUCAAGAAGAAGAAAUCACGGUUGAUGUCAGGGAUGAGUUUCAUGGCAUCUUGGCCAAAGGAGACAGUGCGAUUCUCCAGCACAGUGUGCUGACCCAUAUCUAUGUUCUCAGCUUCCUUUCUGGCCUGGCAGAAUGCAGACUGGGCCUUAAUGAUAUCCUGAUCAAAGGCAACGAAAUAGUUGCAAGGCAGGAUAUUAUGCCCACUACUACCACUAAGUGGAUUAAAUUAUACAGCUGUCGGUUCCAUUCAUGUGUGGAUGAGGAUAUGUUUAAUAACUCCCGUAUUAUCCUGUUCAACCCCUUGGAUGCCUGCAGGUUUGAACUGAUGCGAUUUAGAACUGUCUUUGCUGAGAAAACUUUGCCUUUUACUCUGAGGACAGCUGCCAGCAUCAAUGGUGCUGAGGUGGAGGUGCAGAGCUGGCUGAUGAUGUCCACUGGGUUCUCUUCCAACCGUGACCCUUUAACUCAGGUCCCUUGUGAAAAUGUGAUGAUCCGCUACCCAGUGCCAAACGAGUGGGUGAAGAACUUCCGCAGGGAGAGUGUCCUGGGGGAGAAAUCUUUGAAAGCCAAGGUGAACAAGGGGGCCGCUUUUGGAUCAACCAGUCUCUCUGGUUCUGAGCCAGUAAUGAGAGUAACUUUGGGAACUGCCAAAUACGAGCAUGCCUUUAAUUCCAUCGUAUGGAGGAUAAACCGACUGCCUGACAAAAACUCAGCUUCUGGCCAUCCUCACUGCUUCUUCUGUCACCUAGAGCUUGGCUCUGACCGGGAAGUGCCUUCCAGUUUUGUCCGCUAUGUAGACGUGGAAUUUGACAUGCCCUCUACUUCUGCAUCCAAAGCCACCGUUCGGUCCAUUUCCGUUGAGGACAAGGUCGAUGUGAGGAAGUGGGUCAACUAUUCAGCACACUACAGUUACAAGGUUGAAAUAGAGCAGAAAAAAAGCUUGAAUGAGGAUCUGAAGGGAGAAGAUGCUGCAAAUGUCAAUGAAUGUGCUAUGCAGUGAAGGAAGAUCAGUCUAUAACAGACCUGGAAGAAAGGACUUGCAGGGUUUUGGGUAUUUUUCUUUAAAAAAGUAUGGAGUACUACUUUUAAAAUAAUGCUCUGAAGAGUACUAUUUUUCCUUGUGAUCAUCCAUACUUUGAGAAGAAGCUUGUCAGUGGUUUGUCUGGAGCGGACCUAUGGGCUUUUGCUGGAACGAUGUCAGUACAGUUGGGGUAUAGACAGAAUGACGUGUAUUACAGUCCAGCCUGCCUUUUCUGCCUCUUCACCAUCUAGGUUCUGCACUGACGUAUGGUCUGGCCACCAUCACAGCCAAACCCGAAAGCAGCCUUUAUCUCACUUAUAAUCUUACCCUCCUACAAGAAGCACGGUUUUUGUAUCCCUGUUGAUUUGGUUAUUGGUAGAUUCACUUCCUUCAGAACUGCCAGGUAAUACCCAGGGAGCAUUGAGUGAAAAAUGAUAUAAAAUCUCAUUUCUGAAGUGGUCAACAGAGUGAAAACCCUGAGCAUCAUUCUGGAGAAUCCACAAACUCUGCAUCUUAAACAUAGUAAAUGGUGAAGCAGAUGAACUACAGCCAGGACAGCUAAUCAUGUAGCUGUUCUAGUCACCCCUUCCCCUCUCGUCCCCUGAGCAACAACAUGUCUUCGUGCACGUUUUCAUGGGGUCUGCACAACUUACAAGAAAGCCUCUCCAAUUUCUUAAAAAAAAUUAUUUCUUAGUCUGGGCUGUUCUGUUAUCUUGACUGAACAUGGUUAUGGCUGCUAGUAACAGGGAAUGUACGUUAUAAUAGAGGAGAUACAGGAGGGACUUUGCUAAGAUUAGAUCAUUCCUGCAUAGAAAGGUAUUUAAGGGAAAAACAUUGGGGUUUGGGUUUUGUUAUAUGUUUUCCUGGAUGGGUAAGGUGGGCGAUUAUUGAAAAUGUCAGAGCACAGUUACUUUAGCAGACAAUGCUGUUUGCCUUCCUGAAAAUCCUUGGAAGUCUGUCCAGCAAAAUACUAUUUUCAUAUUCUAUCUUGAACCUACAACAUAAGUAAGUCGCAUCUUUAUAGAACCCCCACUAACUGGGACCCAAAAUCUCUUUUCAAAAAUUAACAACAAGCUUCCAUCAUGGAGAUUUUUUUUUAUCUCCACUUAGCUGAAAGUAACAGCAAGUCUUAAAACUUCUUUCUAAACAAAAAUGCAAUAGGCAAAAAUCACUCAUUCAUACAUACUUUCAGAGAAAACAGCGUUCAAAGUACCCAUUUUUUGUAGUUUCCAUGCCUUGCGUAAUAUUUUGUCUUGAGGUACUUUUAAAUGUAAAAAAAGUAAUUUAUUAAAUCUUUUAUCUUUUGAAAGGUUACUGCUGACUUCAAAAUCACACACUU